CAAGAAAGUAGUACGGCGGCAGCCGAUCAGAGCGAAGCUCGAGAAGAUUUGCUGAUGGAAUUUUAUUCCAGAAUACGCCUCGUUUGUUCGGAAGACGGUGUUUGGGUCGGCCCAACAUGUGUACCAAUCACGUGUCCGCCUCCGAAAAUAGUUUACAUUGGUGCGUACAAUUGUACGAAUGGUUUUAAUAUUGGUUCAAGCUGUCAGUUUCUCUGUCCCGGAGCAUCUCAGGUGCGGCUUGUUCAGUUCAGUGCCGCCGAAAAGGAUAUGAUGCCGUUCUAG